GUAGGCCCUGCUAGCUAGCGGCGAGAUUUUUGCCGCGGGAGGUAUGUCGGCGUUUAUUUUUCGCACUGAUAGACUUUCUCUCGAAGACGUAUUCAGCUUAGAAAAACCCUUUUUUGUUAACCGCGCAACCAUUGUAAACUUGAAUUAUCACUGAAGUUUUUCCUUGAAAACGAAGUCGAUUUUUCAAUGUCAAAGGUUCAACGACAGGCUAGAGUAAUUAAAAUUCUUCUUUUUCGAGACGCUAGCUAAAAAAAGGAAAACAAUUGAGCAAUGGCGUUAAACUAUAUACAAUAGGUUUUUACCAGAGACAACUUUUUCGCUCGUGUGCUUGAAGCUGUAAUUCGAAAACCCAGUUUCAUCAAGAAAAAGAAAAAAGAAGCUAAGAGCUAAGGGCGGAAUUAUUUGUUUUAUCAUCUUCUGUCCAAUGUUGCAAAUUAUUUUCUUUGCGGUUUUGUUUUAAUCUGAAUAAUCGUCGCCCAGGUUAAAUUUCAGGCUCAACUUCCCGUUUUCAACCCACGAGAAAUUGGAAAAGUCCAGUUGCGUGAUAAGUACAUUUUCGCUUUCUCGUCUCAUCGGAAAAAGCUGAAAGGUCCAUCAGAGCAGACGAGAUUUCAAGGAGCAGAAACUGGCGACAUGUCCACAGAAGAUAAAACAAAGCACAAUGGAAUUGAAGAACCAAAGAAGCAAAACAAGUCUUCGCAUGGAAACGAGUGGAUUUAUGGCAGCAUUGCAAACGGAGACUUGCAGAAUAACUCCUUCAUAGGAAUGGCUUAUGGACCGCCUGCCAAGAAACAGAAAACUGAAAGCGACGAAGAGACGAAACGCAGAGAGCAGGAUCGAUACUCCAAUGAAAAUUUGGUCAUAAGAUCUGAGCCUUUCCCGGAAGUAAGCAGUUCCUCCCCACCACAAAUGAUCACUUCCGGUGCCACCGAGGAAAGGACGGCCUCAUCGACAAAUACUGUGGAACUUAGUAGUACUGUGACAGACCAGCCAGUGACGAGUGACAGCAGUAACGACGUGAAGAAGACAACCACUGAAAAGAAAACUGCAGAUGAUGGUGACGAUCCGUUUGGAGCUUUAGACUGGAAAGAUGGAAUUGCCACCUUACCAGGCAGCAAUCUUAAGUUCAAACUGACCGAGUUCGGUACUCUGGAAAUCAUCAGUACGGUGGAAACAGAUAAAGGGGAAUACGAGUGGAGCACACCAACACAACAUCGCAAAACAAGCACUGAUGACGGGGAAAACAACAAAAAAGGAAAGAAAAGUAAAGCAAGUUCAAGAAACAGCACAGACCCGUCAGCAGCGUCUCCCGAUACCAGUGGUAUACUUUGUUGUGAAGUCUGCGGCAAGUAUGGCCUGCCUCAUGAAUUCUCCGCUUCCGGCAGAUUUUGCAGUUUGUCGUGUGUUGGUGUUUACACUGGAAGGAGAAAUAAAGGAAGAGAAUACGUCCGCCAUGCUAAAACAGUGGACGGCAAGAUUGUGAAAAGGAAGAAGAAAGACAAAGCAAAGAACCGUGAACUGUCGCCUUAUACAGAAUUACCCCAUGUAAGGAACACAGAGGGUGAAACAUCGCCAUCCCAAGAAAAUGAGCCAGAAAUGUUGGGAGCUCGACGAACAUUUAAAGUGAAAAGAAAGCGCAUGAAAAACAAGCUCAAGUUUAAGAAGGCUUCUUUAAAUGCAACGGAUCUCAUGAAGGGUGAAGAUGUUCCGUAUGAUUCAACCAAACCGUUUGUAUGGACGGAUUAUUUAGCAGCUUGUAGUUCGAAAGCUGUUCCAGUCGGCGUCUUUAAACAGGAGAACCCAUUUCUUGAUUUGGAAAGUAAAUCGACGUGUGGAUUCGAGAAGGACAUGAAACUAGAGGCCAUUGACCCGAAGCAUCCUUCAUACAUUUGUGUUUGCACCAUAGUCAGAGUAAAAGGAACGCGUUUGAGGCUUCACUUUGAUGGCUGGUCGGAGAGUUACGACUUCUGGACCUGUGCUGAUUCACCCUUUAUAUUCCACGUGGGAUGGUGUGAAAGGAAUGGCCAGAAACUUCAUCCGCCAAGAAGCAUGUCAUUUUCGGAGUUCAACUGGGACAAGUACUUGAAGGUGUGCGAAGCUAAAGCCGCACCAGAACACCUGUUCAAGCCAAUUUCACCAACGAAGCAUGGUUUUAAAACUGGUAUGAAACUAGAGGCGGUGGACAGAAUGAAUCCGGAUCUAAUCUGCGUUGCCACAGUAACAAAUGUGAUUGGCAACCACUUCCUAGUUCACUUUGACGAGUGGGACGACUCCUAUGACUACUGGUGUGGGGAUGAUUGUCCCUACAUCCGUCCUGUAGGGUGGUGUAGGGAAAAUAACAGGAAUCUCAACCCACCCAACGAUGAUGAAUUUCACACUUUCCGUUGGGAAGAAUACUUGAAAUCUACUGGAACUAUUGCUGCACCUUCUCAUUUCUUUAAAACGCGGCCACCGCCAGGUUUCAAAGUGAACCAGAAGCUUGAAGCAGUUGACAAGAGAAAUCCUUCCCUGGUACGAGCUGCUACCCUAGCUGAAGUGAACGAAUACCGAUUACGAAUUCAUUUUGACGGAUGGGAUGAUAUCUAUGAUGACUGGUUUGAGGCUGACUCCUUAGAUCUAUACCCUGUGGGAUGGUGCGAAAAAUCAGGUCAUCCCCUCGAGACGCCUCUCACUACGCGCGAGAAGAUCUCGAGCGCCGCCUGUCCAACUCCCGGAUGUAAGGGCAUUGGUCAUGUGAAGGGAGCGAAGUACUCGACCCAUCACAGCACGUUUGGAUGUCCUUACUCAUUGCAGAAUUUGAAUAAAGACUCGUGUCUUGUGGAUCGACUUUCCAACAACUCUAUGACAGAGGAAUCGGAUUGGUCUUAUGCCUCCAAGCAGAAGUUAGCUGUUGUGAAAGCUAUAAAAGAAGAAAUUACUUCUACUCAAGGAGAUGGAACCUGCCCAACACCGGGCUGUGACGGGUCCGGUCACGUGAGUGGACAAUGGAAGACACAUUACACAUUGUCAGGUUGUCCCAGAGUCAAGCAUUUAGCAAAAUCACCCACCUCAAAAAAAAGUGCCUCACUCUACAGUCCCUCAAACAAGGGUUUCUCCGCUAGCAGCACAGAAUCCGGCAUCAUUGGAACACGUAGUACCUCCAGGCGAGUCGGCAUCAAAGAAGAAAAGCCUGACAGUUCAAGACACAGGGUCGCCGACAAAGCUAUUCAACACGUAUCUCCAUUCUCGUUCCCAUGGCCUCUCGGUAGUGGAUUUCCAUCAGCAUUUCUAAGCGAACUCAAGUCUUCCAUCAACCACAAUAACAAUGGGGCAGUGUCCAGUGAACGACAGCGAAUCAUGGCAUGGAAUGUUGAUGACGUAGCUAGUCACGUGCGCUUUCUAGGUUGUGCAGACCAAGCCAAAAUUUUCAUUGAUCAGCAAAUUGAUGGAGAAGCUUUCCUCUUACUCAACCAGAGUGACAUCGUUAACAUUCUCAAGAUCAAGCUGGGGCCUGCUCUAAAGAUCUACAACACCAUCCCAAAAUUUUGAUAUCAGGGGUUUUUUUUUAAACUCUACCAACGUAUUAGACAAUCCAUUCGUCCCUGUCCCAGACGCUGUGAAUAGCCGGGCACUUACGUAUUCAAUGGUCUACAAAGCCUAGGCAACAUUGAAAUAGAUUAGCUGACAAAAUAUGACAAUUUGUGAUACAUUUUAGGUUAUAUGAUGCAUGAUGGUUGCCUCCUUUUCCUUUUGAGGUGGAACGUAGUGCAAUAAAAGAAUAUAUCAAUAAACCUUGGCAAGGAAACGAACGUUUUUCGUCCCGCGCUUUUUCCCAUCCACCUUGAGAGGGACUAGAAACAAAAUAUUUCAGUCACACUGAUGACGUAACUCCUCGAGGAUCCCAGAAUUAGCUCUGAUUGGUUGUUACUCAGAAAAUUUUUCCCACUGUUUGAUGCGGUUUUAAACCAAUCAAAUCACUAUAAAGUGUUAUGUCAUCAGUACAGAAGUUUUCGGCUCGAAUCUCGCGGGAGUUGAAAAUUACGCGGGACGAGAGACUUCACACCUUUCUCAGUAUGAAAUAAAGAUUGCAUUUACAGAGUUUUAAUUGCUGUAGACUAGGCUACCUCAAGGGAGAUCUUUUCUUGGUUGCGUUUAAUGCAAUAUUGUAAAGCAAGACAUAUAUUUUAGAGAUCAAAUUCUGGUAGAACACUUUUGUAAUGGCACAUGCAAAGAAUUGUGUUAAAGUUUUCUUAAAUCCGUCAGAAGUCACUGCUGACCGAGUUACAUGAGUAAUGUAUUAGCUGAAGGUCUCAAUUAAUAAUUCAUGAAGAGGUUUUGGCUGAAAGCUUUUUAUAAAAUCACUGAAAGCCGAAAAAGACUUGCUACUGACGUACUUACCAUUCUUAGUUGCGUGUAACACUAAGGGUCUCUUACUUGUCAUAAAGGCUACACUGAUAUUUGACCAAUAAAUCUUUCACGUAAACAAUAAGAUGGAAAAUUAUGCCUGUUUGUGGACAGGUUUAAACUCAAA